AUGUGUNAUUCCUUACGAACAGAAAUUCGCGUACUUUUACAAGAACGUGCCGAAUAUCAAAAGCAAGUCGAAACAGUCAAUAAUAAUCUAAGUGAACAUAAACGUUUGAAUGUUGCACAAAUUUCCACGGAUCAGAAUAAGUUGGAUUUAUUACAGAAAUCAAUGGCAGAGAAAAAUCUUGUUCUUGAACAAAUGCAAAAAGAAUAUGAAAAUCUGAAAGAAAAAAACAGCAACUUAACCCGAAAGAUUUCCGUGUUACGCUGCGAUGCCAAAUCUCAAUCAGGUGUAAUCGAUGAAUUAAAGCAGAAAAUCGCCGAACUAACCGUCGAUGUUCAAAAUCAUAUGCUUGUCAAGCAUCGUUUAGAAGUAUCAAUGAUGAACUUAGAAAGUGAUUGUAAAUUAAUCGAUGCAGAACGACUCCGUUUAACGAAUGAAAUCAAAAGUAUCCAAGCGAAUAGGCAAGAUUUGGAAAAAUUGUUACAACAAGCUAAUGUGCAAAUCGCUGAACAAGGUUCAACAAUCGAGAUGCUUCGUUCUGAUAAUAUUCAAGUUCGUUCGCAAUUAUCUGCGACACAACGACGAAUGUUACAAGAAAAACAGCAGGUGAUGGAUUAUCUGCGGCAGAUCGAAAACGAUCUUGUGGAAAAAGAACAAGUCAAACAACGGGAAGCGAUUCUACGCAAAGAUUUCGAAAAACUACAAUCAACUCAACAGCAAAGUCGACAAGAAAUCGAACAGUUGACCACGAAAAUUCGUCAAGAUAAACAAAAAUUAGAUCAAUUGGAACAAGAACGUUUGCAAUUGUUAAAAACCAUUGAAAACAUGGAUGACAAUAAAAUUCAAUUAGAAUCCGAAUUAAAUUCAUACAAGUCAGCAACAAAACGUUUGUACACGCACUUCAAACUACCGUUCGAUUCUGUUCAGUCGAUUGAUCAGUUGUUACCUAUGAUUGAAGAUCGAUAUCGUACAGAACAAGUUGCUCAAGCUCGUAUUCAUCAUGUUCAGCUGGUACAAUCAACAUCGGAUAGCGACAGUCAACGUGAAACACAAGAAACUCGUCAGCUUCGCGAAGAGCUCGUCGCGAUGGAUGUUCGAUUGAAACAAUUGAAUGAAGCUAAUCAAGCAUGGCAACAGUAUCAACAGAAUCAAUUGGAAAUAUUACAAGAGCGAUUGAAAUUAGAUGAUAUUAGUCAUUUAUCAUUCGAAGAUAUUGUCCAACAAAUUGAAAACCGCUUGGAUGACUACCAGAACGAAAUUAACGAACUUCGCAACAAGACGAAUGUUACGAAUGAAAUAAUUCAUCGAUCUCAAGACACUCAAACUGACCAGAAUGAAGAAUAUCAAGACGAAAAGCUUCAAAAUGAUCCUUCAUCGAGUAUCGGUCAUUAUGAAAGCGAAAUUCGUGAAUUACAGGAGAAUCUUGCUGCUCUCACAGCGCAAAACACACAACUGGAUGAAGCUAAUCGUGCAUGGUCACAGUUCCAUCAAACACAACUCGAUAGUUUCAGGGAUAAAAUUCAAAAGAGUUAUCGUCUUGAUGAUAUUGUCACGUUCGACGACAUUGCACAACAAGUUCUCGAUAACCUUGAUCAAUUGAAGACUGAACGAAAUCUUUUAAAGCAACAGUUACAAACAGCAGAAAAAGUCAACGAUGAACUUCGAACGGGAGUCAACGAUGAGACCCAAAGAAUGAAGGACAACUAUGACGCGACAAUCAAUGAUCUUACUCAACAAGUGACCAUAUUCAAACAACAGAAUGAUCAAUUGGAAAUCGAAAAAUAUGCACUAAAUCAACAAUUAGAGAGUCAAUUCUUACGUUACGUCAAACAGGAGCGCAAUACGCCCACGCCAGAUUCCACAAAAGGUGAUUCUCAACUCCGUAGAAAGAGCAAACGAUCAUCACCAAUUGGAGAGGCUCAGGUACAUAGCAUCUCACCUGUUCGAGCAUCGCCUUCUCCUGCUCAAGAUCAGCAACUUCAACAACUACGAGACAAUCUCGAUCUUCUCACCUCACGCUGUGCACAACUCGACGAAGCCAACCAAGCAUGGCAACUCUACCAUCAGACUCAGUUCACCACUUUUGUCAACCUCAUGCAUGAUGUUCUCUCCAUCGAUGACAGUUCGUCGUUAGAUCAAGCUGCACAACAUAUCAUCGAACAGAUUAUGAAAGAAAGAGAUGAUUUUCAUCAACGAUAUGCAGCGUUGCAACAAGAAAACGAUAGUUUGCGAACAGAAUCGACGACUAAAUUGGAAGACCUGGACCAAUUCUACAAGAAUGCCAUCAAUAAAUUAAAUGAAGAAUUGCUCACUCUCAAAGAUCAAUCCCAAUUGAGACGCGAUUCUACAUCAUCGGAUGACGCACAAACCACAAUCGCUUCACUCACUGAUGAGCUCGAGCUAACGAAACAGUCUCAACAAACACAUAUUGAUAGUCUUCGAAAUCAACUCGCGUCAUGCCUAUCCACCGAUUCCAAUAGCUCGCUCGACGAACUUAUCCAGCAGAUCGUCGAGCAAGUCAAAACUCAAAAGUUUGAUUUUCAUGAGAAAUACCAAGCACUUGAACGAGAAAACGAAGAGAUUCGAUUGGAAAGUGCAAGAAAUCUGGAAUCGAUUCGUGAAUCGUAUGAAAACACAGUGAAUGAACUAAAUCAAGAGUUAUCAGCUGUGAAAGAAGCAUAUGAGCCAGCUAAUGUCGAAAAGCAAAACAUGGGAACAACAUCAUCAGGGUCAGACCAACAACCAGCCGCACAGAUCUCAGCUGGACGAGACUCGGAGGAAUUGCAUAAUUUGAGAGACAGUUUCGAAUUGUUGGCAAGUCAAUGUGCUCAAUUGGAAGAAGCGAAUCGUGCAUGGCAAACGUAUCAACAGAGUCAAGGGAGCGUUUUUCGUGCUAAACUUGUUGAUUAUAUUCCAAUGGAUGAAAAUCAAUCGUUCGAAGAGAUGGCACAGGCUAUUAUCGAUCACAUUGCGAAAGAACGCAAUGAUGUUAACGAUCGACAUUUAGAACUGGAAAAGACAAACAACGAGCUACGUUCAGAAUCAGCAACUAAUUUGGAAACAAUUAAGGAAUCGUACAUGAAUACCAUCGACGAAUUAAACAGAGAACUAUUUAGUGUUAAAGAGCAAUGUGAACAGCUAAAUAUGGAAAAACGAGAUCUAAAUCAACAACUACAAAAACACGAACAAGAGAAAGUUGCUCCAAAAUCAACACCCGCGACUUUGCCAUAUGAAGUCCCAAUUCAUUCGACUACUUCAUAUGUUACCGAAGAAACAGAAGAAAUUCGGGAGUUACGAAAAAACUUUGCCGAACUUACCUCUCAGUAUGCCGUUUUGAAUGAAGCUAACCGCGCUUGGCAGGAUUAUCAUCAAACUCAGCUCAAUGAUUUCCGUGCCAAAGUUCAAGAUCACUUUCAAAUUGACAGUGAUGCGUCAUACGAUGACAUCGCUCAACUAAUUGUUGAUCAAAUCACGACUGAACGAGAACAGUUCAACAAACAAUAUCAAAGUUUAGAAAACGCUAACAAUGCUCUUCAAUCAGAAUUCAACAAAGAAAAUAAAGAAUUCACUGUCAUCAAAGAACAAUAUCAACAGAUGUUUGACGAAAAGACCAAAUUACUUCAUCAGUUAGAAAAUCCAACUGCUGCAGAAAAUCAACAUCAAAAUACUCAAACAUCGAAUUCUGAAAAUGUUGAUCUUUCUCAACAACAAGCUGAAAUGCCUGAACUUCGUGAAAAUCUAACAUCUCUGACAAAUCAAUUGGAUGAAACCAUUCGUUCGUGGCAACAGUUCGAACAAAAACAACUUGAACUGCUAAAAAAUCUGCUACCAUUUUCCAACAAAACUUCGCUCGAAGACAUUAUACAAGAGAUUAUUGUUCAUAUUAAUCAAUUAACUAAAGAACUCGAGACUUCCAAAGAAAACGAAAAUGAACUCAACCAUCGCUUUGAACAAUUACGUGAAGAAAGUCAAAUGGAAGACAUCAAGAUGAAAGAAGAUUUAGUUGUCUUACAAAACCAAUGUACAGAAUUGGACAACGCGAAUCGUGCUUGGCAAUCAUUCUACGAUCAACAAAUCGAGAUUGUGAAAAAUAAACUGCAAGAGUAUAUCAGCUUUACUGAGAAUUCAACCUUCGAUGAAAUGAUUCAGUUGAUCGUCGAUGAAUUCGAACAAAUGACUCAACUGACUGACAACAGUCAAUCAGAUUCAAUGGCCAAUAAUCUUGACUCUAUUAAAAAGGAACUAAGCGAUUCUCAUGAAAAUGGAAAAGACCUUCGCCAACAAAUCUCAACUCUUCAGUAUGACUGUCAAAACUUUGAACAACGACUGAAAGAUAAUCAAUAUUUCAUCGAAUCAUUAAAUAGUCGGUUGAAAGAUCUAACCGAGGAAAAUGAACAGGUUAAACGGCAAGCUGAGGAAUAUCAACAGAAGAAUGAAUUACUUCUCAGUGACAACCUCAACUUGACCAGCCGCUUAACUGAUUUCGAACGAACAGGGACUCCUUCGGAUAUGUCAACAUCUAUUCUACAAAAACAAGCACGUCUUACUCCAGUUUCCGAAUUACAAAUACAUCGAACAACGCCGGUCCGUUCAGCAUCUGCUCUUGACAUCGAUGAAGAAAUGCAGCAGUUACGCACGAAUCUAACUGCUAUUACAACACGCUGUGCACAAUUAGACGAAGCUAAUCAUGCUUGGUCACAAUAUCAUCAACAGCAACUGGAUACUUUCCGAAACAAAUUACAAGAUUUCAUCCCUUUGACAAACGAUGCAGACCUAGAGCAAAUGGCACAGACAAUUCUCAACUUUGUCGAUGAAGUCAAAACUACCAGUCAACUAGAUUCAACUCGAGCAGCUAACAAUCCAGUGUGCAAUCAGAACGACACUCUUGAACAAAUAAGUCAGAAAUUAGUCGAUGCUUAUAAACAAUGUGAGGAUUAUCGCGAAAAUAAUACUCAACUGCUAGUAUCGAAACAACAACUUGAGGAACAAGUCGAAGCGCAAUUACAACAAAUAAACAGCUUUCAUUUGGCGAACACUAAUGCAGAACAGUUAUCUCAACUGCAGCAAUAUAACGAAUCUUUGACAGUAGAAAAUCAGCAAUUACAAAUGAAACUAAAUGACAUGGAACAACGUUUCAAUCAAAUACCAUCGAAUGGCUUCAUUCAACGAAUUGAAUCACCCAGAGAAAAUGUUGGAAUACACAAUAUCAAUCGUGAUCGUGAUGAAGAACUUCGACAAUUACGAGCAGAUCUAUCAACCGCUUCAGCACGUUGCGCCGCUUUAGAAGAAGCAAAUAGCGCUUGGCAGAAAUAUCAGUUCGAUCAAACGGAAUCGUUCAAACAAAAAUUACAACAGCAAAUUCCAGUGUUACAGACACUAGAUAAUACAUCGUUAGAUUUGAUUGGGCAACAAGUCAUGAAUUAUUUAGAUCAAUUGAAUGAGCAACGAGAUAAUCUCAUCAAACAUAAUGAUUUAUUGAAAGAAGAAAUUCAAUUACAGAAACAACAUCUGGAACGUCUAGGAUCACCGGACACCGACAGUCGAAAGUCCCAACGACGAUCAUACGACAGAAAUGUUCGAGAGGCUCAAGUACAUAGCAUCUCACCUGUUCGAGCAUCGCCUUCUCCUGCUCAAGAUCAGCAACUUCAACAACUACGAGACAAUCUCGAUCUUCUCACCUCACGAUGUGCACAACUCGACGAAGCCAACCAAGCAUGGCAACUCUACCAUCAGACUCAGUUCACCACUUUCGUCAACCUCAUGCAUGAUGUUCUCUCCAUCGAUGACAGUUCGUCGUUAGAUCAAGCUGCACAACAUAUCAUCGAACAGAUUAUGAAAGAAAGAGAUGAUUUUCAUCAACGAUAUGCAGCGUUGCAACAAGAAAACGAUAGUUUGCGAACAGAAUCGACGACUAAAUUGGAAGACCUGGACCAAUUCUACAAGAAUGCCAUCAAUAAAUUAAAUGAAGAAUUGCUCACUCUCAAAGAUCAAUCCCAAUUGAGACGCGAUUCUACAUCAUCGGAUGACGCACAAACCACAAUCGCUUCACUCACUGAUGAGCUCGAGCUAACGAAACAGUCUCAACAAACACAUAUUGAUAGUCUUCGAAAUCAACUCGCGUCAUGCCUAUCCACCGAUUCCAAUAGCUCGCUCGACGAACUUAUCCAGCAGAUCGUCGAGCAAGUCAAAACUCAAAAGUUUGAUUUUCAUGAGAAAUACCAAGCACUUGAACGAGAAAACGAAGAGAUUCGAUUGGAAAGUGCAAGAAAUCUGGAAUCGAUUCGUGAAUCGUAUGAAAACACAGUGAAUGAACUAAAUCAAGAGUUAUCAGCUGUGAAAGAAGCAUAUGAGCCAGCUAAUGUCGAAAAGCAAAACAUGGGAACAACAUCAUCAGGGUCAGACCAACAACCAGCCGCACAGAUCUCAGCUGGACGAGACUCGGAGGAAUUGCAUAAUUUGAGAGACAGUUUCGAAUUGUUGGCAAGUCAAUGUGCUCAAUUGGAAGAAGCGAAUCGUGCAUGGCAAACGUAUCAACAGAGUCAAGGGAGCGUUUUUCGUGCUAAACUUGUUGAUUACAUUCCAAUGGAUGAAAAUCAAUCGUUCGAAGAGAUGGCACAGGCUAUUAUCGAUCACAUUGUGAAAGAACGCAAUGAAUUUCAAGAAAAAUAUGCUGAAUUAGAGAGAUCUGGCGACAUUUUUCGAUCAGAAGAAGAAACAGUCGGUACACAAUCUGAUGAUCAAUCUAUGUCAGAAAGUGUUACUGAUCUAAAUCAAGAACUCGCUACACUCAAAAGUCAAUGCGAAGAACUGGAGAAAGCUAAUAAACAACUCCUUUCCGAAAAAGGAGAAUUAAACAAUCCAUUGGAAGAUCGUUCAAUAGUUGUUGGUCAUCAUUCAGCUGCUGACUUGAGUACCAUCGAUGAAGUCACCGAAAGUCACUCGCUAAUGUUUCCAAUCGAAACUGAUGAAAUGCGUCAGAUGCGAGCUGAUCUCGAUUCGAUGAGUUCUCAACUUGCUGAAAAGAACGAAUCAAACCAGAAUGAACUCGAUCUAUUCAUAGCUAAAGUACAAAGUUGGAUUUCCCUUACCCCGAAUUCUACAUUGAACGAAAUUGCUAAUCAAAUACACAAUCAUUUCGAAGAACAAAAUGAAAAGAUAUCUCAACGAACGGAUUCCGCAAGUCAAACACCUGUUGCACCCGAAAACAUUCAUGUUGCCGUUGAAACCAUCCGACUAACGUACGAUCAUCACCAGACACAAACUGAUCCGGUUCAAGUAGCACAUCAAAAGAUUCAAACCGAAUCAUUCGAGCAAUUACUAGCCGAAUCUGAAGAAAGAAAUAUUUUCAAUGCCGAAGAAGACGAUGAACGUUUACGAGAGUAUAUAGAUGAACUUUCUCUUGUGCCCAUCCAAGACCUUCCAGAUCGUCUUCAUAAAGAAUGUCAACAGAUUUUAUCCAAACAAAAUCUUUCUCCAUCGUCGUAUACAGAUCAAGAUUUGAAUUAUCUCGCUCUUCUAACUGUGCAUUUACUUUACAAUCAACAUCUAACUGAUGAUGCUAAACAUCUUUACAAUGAAACAUUGAUUCGAGCAUUGAAACAGGAAUAUGAAUUGAUCAACAAUGAAAAACUGGAUUAUAUUGAGAAAUAUCAUUCACUCGAAGACAAAUUUCGGCAAGAAUUAAAUCUCAAUGAGAAGAUAUAUGAUAAAUUGCAAAAUAAAUAUGAUGAACUACUCGAACAGAGUGAACUUGAACGUUUACAUUCAAAGAAAUCGAUUGAUGAUUUGAGCGAGCAACAUUCCAUGCGUGAGAAACAAUUCGAAUUCAACUUAUUCAAUUUACAUCAAGAAAACGAAAAAUUAAAACACAGUAUACAUCAAUUAGAAGAAUGUCAACAGAAAGUUUCAGUCAAAGACUACGAACAACUACGGCAAGACUAUGAUGAAUUAAUCAACGAAAAUGAGCUAUUGAAAGAAUACAAUUCACAAAUGUAUCAAGAAAAACUGCAGGAUAACAAAGAAAAUGAUGUGACUACAACGAAAGUUUCGCAUGACAUUGAAAUUCAAUGUUAUUUGGUGGAAGAGUUUCGACCGACUCAAACAGAAGGAUCAGUAUGGAAUAACGAUUGGGAAGAAGAAUAUACACUUCGACAUCCAUCAACACACGAGUUACUUCUAGAAAAACUAUCAAAGGAUGACGAAAUCAAACGAUUGAAAGCUAUCAUAUUGGAAAUGGAGCAUGAGAAUUCGCAAAAACGUCAAACUACCCCACAACCAACAGAUACUGAUUCAUCCACUCAUGAUAUCGGUAUUCAUUGUUCUCUUCAAUCGCCGUCUACCUCUAGUUCAGCUCAAGCCGGCAUGGAACAUGAAGUCGACAGUACAAUUCAAACCGAUCUGGCUGAAUCGGAAGAAAAUGAUUGGAAUAGUCAAAUGUCCACAUUUGAAAUCGCAUCAGAAGAUGAUAACAUGACAACAGUUACGAGUGAACAUCCUUUCAAACGCACUAUGGAUAUGGAAACACAAACUGACGAACCAGCACAAGAGAAAUUAGUACAAGUGAAUACGAAACUGAAGCGCGCUCUACAAACCGUAAAAGACAAAAUCCAUCAAGCAGUUUUCGACCAGCCGGAGUUAUUUUCGACAGCGGGUGAUGAUACAAUUGAACGUCUCGACCAUUUGAUUGUUACCAUAGGAAAUCAAGCGACACAAAUUGAAGAUUUUCAAAAUGAACGUUUGGAAUUGUUGAAUAAACUUCAAGAAGCAGAAACAUUAUUGCAUUUAAGCAGUCAAGAAAGAGUUGAUGUUGUUGAAUACGAAAAUCAAAUUCGGUCAUUGAAAUCCGAGCGCGACGAACUUCUUGAACGUAAUAAACAAUUAGAAGAUGACCUUCAAGAAAUUCAACUACGUGGCGAUGCAGCGUCACUCGAACCUCGAAGUUCAUCCGACAAUUCCACCCAAACAGCUAUCAUUCCAGAACAGCUAGCACAGGACGAACGGCAGCAAACGCCACCACCAGAAAGUCCUAAACUCAAAGAUCGUGAAUCUUUAACUUUCACAGAUCGUGUUUUCGGUUAUCUCUCCACAUCGGAGACGGUCGAAAUCGUCAAUAGUGAAACGCAAACCGAUGAGCUUCCUCAAGAUAAAAUAUCACAAGUCAACACAAAACUAAAACGGGCUUUACAGACAAUCAAAGACAAAAUCUAUCACAUGGUUAUCGAAAGACCAGAUCUAUUCGCAGAGGCAAAUGACGAUACGAUCGAACGUCUCGAAUGUUUGAUAAAUACCGUUGGAAAUCAACAAGCAUAUAUUGAAAAUCUACGAGCAGAAUGUGAUCAAGCACAACGAGAAAUUGAUGAGCUAAAAGGUUUACUGAAAGCAAGUCAAGAUGAGCUUGAUUAUGAACGAUCAGUACGAACAGAGCAGCUCGUUUCAAAUUCGGACGAUAAAAAUUUAUCGUUGAUUGAAGACUGUCAAAGACAAAUCCUUCAGCUUCACAAGAAACUGUCCUCGAAUGAAGAUGAGCGUACUUUACUUCGCGAACGUCUCAAUGAAGUUGAGCUUGAACUAAAACAAUCAACAGAUAAUCACGAAUCAACGAUCGCCAUGUACGAAGAACAGUUUGCAACACUGGUAAAAGAAAGAGAUCAGGCUGUUGAAGAAAAUACAAUGCAAUUAUCAGAAAAAUUACAUGAGAUUCAAAAGUUGCAAGAAGAAUUAAACCAACUCAAAGAAUCUUUUGCCGCAGCCCAAGUCAAUCAAUCAUCAUCCGAAGAAGAAAUAAAAUCACUGCAGGAAGUCAUCCAAAAGAAAUCAGAUGAAUUGAGAGAUCUAACCGAUCGAUGUCAAACUCUUUCGUCUCUGCUUGAUGCUCAAAAUGAUUGGGAAAAACAAAAGAAAGAAAUGGAAGAACAGUUAAUGCACUGUCAAAAUCAAGUUACAUCUCUCACUCGUGAGCGUUCACAACUAUUAGAAGAAGUACAGAAGAAUACGGGCGAAAGUGACAAACCAACCGAUGCUCAACAAUAUGAAAAACUCGUGAAAUUAAACAGCAAACUCAAACGUGCAUUGCAGGCAUUCAAAGAUAAAAUCUGCCGAUUGGUUAUUGCUCGACCUGAUCUAUUUGUGAACAUCGGGGAAGAAACUACAGAACGAUUUGAUCAUUUGCUCUACACAGUUGAACAUCAAGCAACACGCAUCGAUUUAUUACAAGCAGAAUUGACCGAAUCCGAAGAACUUUAUCGUGAAAAUAUUCGAAAACUACAAAGUUCAUUGGAAAAAUAUGAAAAUCAACGUGACUAUGAUCAAUCAGGAACACAAGAGCAUCUGGUUUUUCCUGCUCCGACAACUGAACAUGUCACUACUACAAGUACAUCGCCUAUGAAAGAUUAUAAUAAACAAAUCAAGAAACUUCGACAAAAGCUAACAGCAAAUGAAAAUGACCAAACAGAGCUUCGUCAACGUCUGGAUGAGGUUGAACUUGAAUUGAAAAAGACAUCGGAUGAACACACAGCAGCUAUUGCAAAAUACGAAGAACAAUUGCAAGCAUUAGUAAAAGAAAGAAAUGCAGUUAUUGAAUUACAUGCUAUUCGAUCAGCAGAAAGUAAAAACGAAAUCGAACAUUUACAAGACGAAUUAAAACAAUCGCCAACUGCUGGUCUUAUCGAUAAAACUUCUCCAGCAGAUGUGAGAUCGUUACAAGAUAUUAUUCAACAACAAUCAGACGAAUUACGAGAUCUCAGCGACCGGUACCUUGCUCUUUCAUCUUACGUUGAAUCAUACGACGAUUUCGGCAGACAAAAGAAAGAAAUGAAUGAACGUAUUGCUGAAUAUGUCAGUCAAAUCGAAGGCUUGAUUCAAGAACGAGAGAUACUUGUGGAUGAAGCAGAAAAGAACGCGAUUUUAUUGGCACAAAUCGAUGAUGACAAACGAUCCGGUGAUCAAAACCAUGAGAAACUUGCGAAAGUCAAUCAGAAACUCAAACGUGCUCUUCAAUCCAUCAGAGAUAAGAUUCAUCGAGUUGCAGAUGAAAGACCUGAAUUCUUCGAAAACGUCAGUGAUGAUACUAGUGAACGUCUCGACCAUUUGAUUUCGUUCAUUGAUCACCAAGCAUCACAAAUCAAUGCGCUACAAUCUGAACUUGAUCAGUCUCAAGAACAAUAUCGUGAUGAAAUACGCGAGUUGCAAAACGCAUUGGAAGUGUUUCAAACUCAAAUCCACCGCAACCAUCCAUCCUUGAAAUCCGAACAACCAGAUCAUGAAACUACUUCCCCAUCGGAAAUCUCGACUUAUAUCAGUUCAUCUGUUUUUGAAAGUGAACAUCAUCAACAGGAAAUCAGUCAACUUCGUGAAAAGCUUUCGGCGAAUGAAGAUGAACGAACUCUCAUGCGUAAUCGAUUGACCGAUGUUGAAUUGGAAUUUCGAAAGACACUAGACGAAUGCGCGUCGACAUUAUCAAUCUAUGAACAAAAAAUACAAUCACUCGUGCAAGAAAGAGAUGGAUUAAUUGAGCAGCACACCGUUCAAUCUGCGGAGAAUCAACGUGAAAUCGAGCGAUUACAAAACGAAUUGAGUUUAUCAAGACAACCAACUACACAGGCGCACAAACCUGAUGAUAAUGUAUCAACUCGGCGAGAAAUGCUCGAAAAACAAACAAAGAGACGACAAUAUGUCAGCGAAAAAUAUAUGAAUCUAUUGUCUCAAUUGGAUUCAAAUAUCUAUUUACAAGCCGAACUUGACAAAUUAGGACGAGAAACCGAAGAACAUCUAAUGAAUUAUGAACGUCAAAUUGAGAGCCUUGUUCGCGAACGUGAAACUUUGCUAGACGAAAAACGCAAGUAUACUUCAUCAGCAGUAACGACAGCUGAGAACGAGAAGCCAGCCGGUGAUCCUCAACAUGAAAAACUUGCCAAACUGAACAGCAAAUUAAAACGUGCUUUGCAAACUGUCAAAGAAAAAGUUCAACGAGUUGUUCUCGAACGACCUGAACUAUUUAGCAAUGUUGGUGAAGAAACAAAUGAGCGUCUUGAUCAUUUGAUUCAUACCGUCGAAAAGCAAGCGACACAGAUUGGUUUAUUGCAAAACGAUCUUGAAACCGCAGAAGAACGUUUACAAGAAAUCAUUCGGCAAUGUAAUGAAUCAGUUGAAUUCUAUAGAAAGGAAGCUGCAAAAGAACGGCAAUCAACACCGCAAGAAUCUCUUACGCCAACAACAGUAAUCACGCGUAAAGUUGAACCAGAUCAUAGUGAACGUACGCAAGAGAUUCACUCCAAACAAACAUCUAAUGACGAUCAAUGGAAUGAUUGGUCGUCGGAAUCGAUACAUUGCGCUGAUGAACGUGUUCAAUUUCGAGAUGCUGAUGUUCAAUGUGAACUACUUGUUGAUCAACCACCAUCAAUACACGAAGUUUCCGAUUCCACAGAAAAUCGACCAGCAUCAGUGACCAGUCGGUUGUUCGGUGCUCUGAGAAACAUCGCUACGUCGCUAUCAGAAGAACCAUCUGUCAACGAUUGGAAUGAUCAACAUUCUCCUUUACAGUUACCCGCUGAUGGACAAGAGGCUCAACAAGUCACUACAUCGCCUUCGUCAACAAAUAGUUUGAUACACAACAUCGCACAUGAUCUUCAUCAAAUUGUGACUGAAAAUCCAGAUCUAUUUCCUCAUUCCUCAGGAGACAUAGCUGACGACUUGAAUCAACUCAUUCUGAUUAUAAAGAAUUUUCAAAAGGAAAUCAAUGAGCUACAAAAUUCUGUCGAUAAACAUCAACAAAGUACCGAAAACGAACGUCCAAUGACUACGGAUACCCUUCGAAAUCAAUUGCUUGGUUCAUCAGUAUUCGAAGAUCAUCAGAGAGAAAUUGAUGAAUUGAAAGAAAAACUUCACGAGAAUGGAUUAACUUACCAGCGAGAAAUCGAGCGUUUGACUGAAGAACGAAAUCAAGCUACUCUCAACUCAUCAACUGCGAUACAAUCUCAAACGGAUUUCAAUGAUAACAACAGCUUGAUUGAAACCCGUUUGAGCGAUUGCCAAUGUCAAAUCGAUGUUCUUCUUCGUGAACGAGUCGCUCUCAUGGAACAGAUCAAACAUUUAGCACACCAACCAACUAAACAGAACGUUGAAAUUCAAACAUUAAACGAUCAACAACAACCAUCGACACCUUCGGAGCAACGCAUUUCACGGCGAGUCUUCGAACAAGAGAUGUUAGCUUGGUCGAAAGAAAGUGAACAAUUAAAGCAGUUUGUUAAACAAAUUCAAGUCGAAAAUAAAAAACUCAAAGAUAUCAUCUUGAAAUUUGAACGUUUAACACAUGAUUACACCCAAGAAAAUGAACGAUUAAAACAAGAAAACCAUCAUCUGGCACUAUUAUCAUACUCAUCUGUACAAUCAACAGAUGAAGGUGUAUCUUCGGAUACCGAUAUCUGCUAUUUAACACUGAAAUGGUUAACUUACGAAGUUGCGGAACGAACAUUUGAUGGAAGUGAACCACCAUCGAUUACAGUCGAUAGUAAUGAUCCGUAUUUAAAACAACGACUAAUAGACACCGAACGACAUUUGAAGAGUAUUCGUAUACAAAACCAAAAAUUAAAGAAACAACUCGAAACAUACACAAUACAAUUUAAACAUAUUCAACAUGAAAUGAAUGUUAAAAAUCAAGAAUUAACAUUACUUAAAACAGAAGCUGAUAGACUACGGACAAGUGAAACUCAAUAUCGCCUAGAAGUUGACCGUCUGAAAGCAGAUCUUCAAUGUGAUCAAGUGAAAAUUCAACAACUAGAACGCGAAAUCAUCGAUCUUAAACGUGACACCAACCAACUAGACAACUACUCGACCAACAAUCUUCGUGAAUUACUUGAAUUAAAAGAACGUGAAUUGAAUGCGCUCAAAGAAAAACUUGAUUAUACCAUGAAAGCUCAUCAACUCGAAUUACAAGAAGCAAUCAAAGCCAAUCAGUUUUCACUCGAUAAUGUUCAACGUUUCGAACAAUUGGACCAUCAGCAUCAAACGAAACGAAAAGAAUUGGAAACACGAUUGGGUAAAUUCUGUCAAAUGAUUCGACCAUUAAUCGAUAAUCAACAUUUAUUCAGACAAAAUUCACUAAUCGAUAUCAACGAACUGCAACGUUUAAUCACGGAUACUGAAGCGGAAGAGAAAGUAACGAACUCACUCGGUGCGAUCCGUGACUGUCUUGGCCUGUUGGAAAAUCAAAUGAAAGAUUUACAUCAUAAUCUCAUCGAAAAUCAUGCUCGUCGAUCUUCAAAGUGGAAGCAAACCGUCGGUUUUGAAUGUUCGUCGUGUGAUAGUCAAUGGGAGGUUACGCAUGAUAUAGAAAAUUUACAAGAAGCCUGUCAAGAUCCUGACUUGUUUCUUGAAUCAUCACUGGUUGAACCGCUGAGUGGAUGUUCAUGUCCACUCCCUGCUGAUUUGAUCGAAAGUGAUGUUCAAUUGUGUUUGGAUGAUUUAUUAGACGAUGUUAUCGUAAGAACGACAGUGAAAUAA